UUCCGGCCAGCUCAGCAGCCGCCUUCCGCUCCGCCGCGACGAGCGCCGGUAGCCGCGGAGAGGCCGCGCCGCGCCCCGCGAACAGCAGGGCCCUACUCGGGAGCGCGGAGACAGCUGCCAAGAGGAACGGGAAGAAGCCGGAGAAGCGCCGCCGCCAUGCUGAGCGUGUUCCGCUCCAUCCCCACGCAGAUGGACUACAAGGGCCAAAAAUUAGCAGAACAGAUUUUUCAAGGAAUCAUUCUUGUCUCUGCAGUAAUUGGUUUCAUCUAUGGAUACAUCACUGAACAGUUUGGAUGGACUGUCUACAUAGUUAUGGCUGGAUUUGCUUUAUCAUGUUUGCUGACGCUCCCCCCGUGGCCCAUGUACCGCCGCAAUCCCCUCAAGUGGCUGCCGGUCCAGGAGUCGGGCACGGAAGAGAAGAAGGCAGCAGACAGGAAGCCAAAGAGACAUUCUAAAAGCUAAAAAUGAUGGUUUCCAGGCUGUUACUUUGUUAAGUUUUGUCAAAUUAAUUUCCAUUGAGAAAUACUUCUUGGCUUAGUGUUUGGGUUUUUUCUUAGUACUUUGUAUCCAUCCAUGAGUACAACCAAGCUCUGCAGGGAGCAUGAAGGCUGGAAAUUGGGUCUGCAGGUUCACAGGAGUCACUGGGAACACAGGGAUGGGGGGAUUAACUUCAGAAGGCUACUGGAGGUCACAUCUUGAGUAUUUCACUGAAAAGGAACACAGUGAAUAAAAUGAAUUCUAGUUAAGCUGUUGCCAUAGCCUAAGAGAUUAAUAAACAGCUGAACUUCUACUGGAAUGUUUCUAACUGUGUGUAAAGCAAGUUGCCAGUAGUGCCAGGUUGUAACAAACACUAUGAAAUGGUACAUACCCCACAGUUCUGACAAUAACUGUUCUUGGAUAGGAGAGUGCAGAGGGCCAGUUUUUAUUUAAAAUAAAUUUCCCUGGGAAGAACAA